AUGGACGUACUGCUCGCCGAGUGCAGCAGCCACCUCCCCGAAAAACCAGGCAGGGCGAGGGAGGAACUUGUGGAAGGAGGGGGAGGGCCGACCCCCUCAUCCAGCUCCCCGGGCCGCCAAGGGCUCUCCUCCCGCAGAAGAGCGCCCAGGGGCCACCUUCUGAGGUCAGUAACGGAGAAAGGCGAGUUUCCAACGCCCCCAACUACAGGCAGGCCUAGCGGGAUGCGGGUGACGGGGGAGAGGCGGCAGCCCACAGAGCCAGGCCGAGCCGGGACGCCGCAGCGCAGAGCCACGACAGCGGGAAGAAAAGCCGCCCAGGUGGGAGCAGAAAGACAGAGGCAGAUGCGGACGCUACAGCCUCUUACCGCCUGCGGGUAUUUCACGAACCGGCCGCGGAGGAGGGCGGCUCCCGCACGGGGCCUCCGCCGUGACCGCCGCUGCUCGGACCUGCUCUGCCGCCCGACCCGGACGGAGCCGAGCGGGGCUCGGGGCGUUCCCGCGGGCGCCUCUCGUCGCAGCCGCCGCCUUUGUUCCCUCUCCGUGUGCGGAAGAACGAGCCCCGGCUUCCCGGGACAGCCGGGCCGCCGCCGUCUCUCUCUCGGCAGACGUUGCCGCUUGGCGGAGAGGCGGGCGCUGGGCGCAGGGCCGGCCCGCGGCGGAGAAAGGCCGACGAUGGACCGCGACGGGCCGGACGCCGCCCGCCGGGAGGCAGAGCGGGAGCAUGGCCGUUACCUGGACCGCCGGGCCGUGGCCCAGGAGCAGCUGGCGCAAAUAAAGGAGCACAAGCAUCAGGCAGAUCUGGCCAAGCUAGAAGACAAAAGAGAAGGCGAACAAAUACAGAGAUUGAACCGACUGUACCAACUGGAAAUUCAGAGAGGAAAAGAAAAGGAACAGGAGGAAAAAGUUGAACGCCAGAGGCUGCAUCAUGCUUAUAUCAAAGGAAAAGAAAUGAUGGCUGAUCUGACAAGAGAAAAAGAUGCAGAGACUAAUAGGCUAAUGCAGAAGCAUAAGGACAAAGCUUUUGCACAACUAACUGCACAGAUGAAUGAGGCAUGCAAAAUUGAAGAUGAUCGUCUUGCUAGAGGAGCUGCAGAGGUAGAAUAUGAAUACCAAAUGAAAAACAAAGAGAAGGAAGCAAAAAAAAAGGCUACCAUUGAAUCUAUUGCUGAACACAGAGCCACUGUGAUGAAGAUGAAAGUAGAAAAGGAGAGAGAGGAAAAAGCAGAGGAUGAGAAGGAUCGUAAUCAGUGGAUGGCAGCAGAUCGUAUCUACCUGGAAAUGGAAGAAGCCAAGAAACAAAGACAACGUGAUGCAAACAUGGAAGUGCAGAAAAUUCAGAUCCAGCAAAUGGCUGAAAAGCGGGCAAAAAAACAACAGGAAAAGCAAGCAGAUUUGGACUACGAUGCUCAGAGAGAAGCUGCUUUUUGUAAGGAUCGAGCAUUUCAGCAAUAAAGAUGGUGAGUAACUGAAUCGGUGCCAUUACUGGAUGUAAUUUUUAUUCUCCUGUUUGAGCAUCCAAGGAGGGAACAAGAUAUGGGCUUCCUAACUAGGACAACUGCAAGAGUGGUGGAGUGUAUACAUGUGCAGUAUUAAAAAAAAAAAAAUUUGGGAAGGGAGGUAAAGAAGGAUGGUUGAUGUAACACCAUCCAUGUUCCUCCUGCCAAAUGUAUGCAAGCCCCCAACUUGCUCGGGGACUGAGCAAACACUUGGCAUUGUGCAGGAGUGUUACACCUUGUGUGCUGCUCAAAGCCCUCCCUGAGGGCAGUGCCAAGAACUCUGCUCAGAGCCAGCACAGACCCAAGUAGUGUCUUGGUUGGUCAGUCCUGCUGUGGUCUGGGCUGCUGUGCUGGUUUUGGAUGGCAGGACAUAGCUGGUUGGAGCUGACUGACUCUCUGUACCCAUGUCAGUUAGUGUGGGCCAUAAGGGGCUUGUUUGUGGAGCGAGGAGGCUGCUGGUGAGAACUUGACACCUGUGAUGCAUGUGUUUCAGAGGUUUUGCCCAGAAAAGCUCUAGCCUGGUGUCAGGGCUGAAUGCCCAUCACUGUUUGGAGCACAUCUUCCUGUUUAAGUUUCAUCUUAAAGGGUCCAGUUUGUGAUCACUCUGUAAUGUGAACUAAAGCACAGUAAGUAGGAACAAUCAAGAGACUCAUUUCAAUAACGCACUUCUGACCUAAACUAAAAUGCUGAUGUUGCUGCACUAUCAACUAAAAGUCACACAGAAUUAUUUCCAAUUACCCUGGAGUAAUUGAUUUUGGAAACUGUCUAUUUUUAAAAAAAAAGACAUGGCAAUUAACUUGUGAAAUUGUCUCUAAAUACAUUUUUUUCAUAGUUCACUAAUGAAAAAUUUAUUUCCCUUCUCUCUGAGCCAGUGCUCCUUUUACUACUUCAAGCUUUUUUCAGCAAGCAGAAGGAAUGGAAACUUUUAAUAAAGCCUUUUGAUAGCAGAAGCUGGAGCCUUGAGAAGAAGCAUUGACUACAGCAGAAGUGGUGCUGAAAUCUGCAGUGCUUGAUAAUGCUCCAAAUGCAUCCCUAAGUGCAUAUUUGCACAUGCUCACUACCAUGCAAUUGGUGAGUUAAAUGGGUUUUAGUCUACCUCCACAGCAGCAAGAAGCAAGGUGGACUGCAGCCUCAUUUCCUCCUCAGCUUCAAGAAACACCCUGUUCUGCAGAUUAUGUAUGUGGCAGCAGUUGAAGUCUACAGCCUGCUUAAAAGGGGUAUAAACACCAUGGACUUUGAACAUCUCCAAAGAUCAAACUCAGUAUACCUAGAGUGAAGUAGGAAGCCUGUGUAAUUUUAAAACACAUUGGCUAAGUAUGGAUUUAGUUACCCAAAUUCAGCAUGAAGAAAAUGCAGCAUAAAUCAUUGUCACUUUAUUCCAUUGAUUGAGAUGCGCAUGCUUUGUGUGCUUGCUUUAAAUGACUAACCUUAGUUAGUAAUCCUCUAUAAAACUAGGCAAAAAACCCCUCCAGUGUUUUAAGAACACGAAGAAAUACUUGAGGUUCUAAAACUUUCAGUGACAAAGCAUUUUGGUAACAAUUGUCUUUUACAGUUGUCCUACAUGAAAGGCAAGAAUGGAAAGCUGCUUACUGGAAUAAUACAGAAGACUAAAAUCAGCUUGAUGUUUAUGAUAUGUUGAAGAAAACAGGAAGAAAAGACAGGGAAUAGGCUAAGAGAACAACUCCUUGUGCAAACAGAAGCAGUUGAAAGCUAUUGAACAGACUGAGAUGAGAAAGAAAGCUGGGCUCAUUCAGUCUGGCAAUGAGGAGACUAAAGAAUGAGCUCACUAACAGCCUACAGGUGCUUGAAGGGUAGUUAAAAAUACAGCACAGCCAAACUCUUCUCAGCAGAGUUGGGUGACUGAUAGAACAAAUUGUGACAUGGGACAUCAGGCUGAGUAGUCACAAAAACCUGCUUCACCAGGAGCAGAGUGUGGCGAUACUGGAUCAGAAUGGCCAGAGGUGGUGGAAUCGCCACCUGUGAAGGCUUUAAAGGUGUCCCAUGUAAGACAGGAGGCUGGUCUAGCUGACCACCAGAGGUUCUUUUCAGCUACCAUCUAAAGAUGGCAACAAAAUACAGGGAGAUCAACUGCAGCUGAUAAGGGAAAUUGCUGACCUGGAAGAAUCUGCUCAUUGAGAAGUACCUCUAACCUAAUGCCUAGUGUCACUACUUGUAUUAGUUAUUAGCAGAAGUUUUAAUUAAGAGCUAGCAAAUCAGAACAUGCUUUGAGAAAUAAUUUGACUAGUAAACUUUAAUUACUGUUUUUGCUCAACAAAGCACCCUCUCAGAUGGUGUGCUGCUUCAGGAGGUUGUAGCAGAUGAGAAACGUAAUAGGUAUUGGCCUUAUUAGAAGGCUAAGACCUUAGAAAUGCAAGGCAACCCUCAGAUGGACUGAAACGGAGAUCUUAAACUGCACUUUUUCCAAACCUGUCACCCAACUCUGGAAGUAGAAUGGCAACUUAAGUUUGAGCACGUGGGCCUCCAGGGUCUAACAGGGUAUUCUCCCAACAGUAACACAACUGCUACCUGCAUGGCUAAAGUAAGACAGUACUGUUGUCAUGGAUCUAAUACAACUCCUCCCUCGGAAAUGGAAGAGAAGCCUUCUAAAAUGCCCUGUAUCCUAAGGGAAUUUGAGUUAACUCAGUGUGCAGCUCUUCACUGUUAGGUAGUGUUCCAGGUUGGAGUUACUAGUUCUGUUCAAGUUCUUUUAACAUUACAGUCUUUGCUACUGCUCAGCUCUGAGGAAGUUUGAAGAGGACACCUACCUGGAAACAAACUACCCAUGAACAGAAGAGUUGGCACCGUGGGACUAUUAAGGAUGGACAGUUUCGUGUCCCAGUACAGACUGGUUGUAUGCUCCUGAAAAAGAAAAGAAAAAUUUUUUUUUCAAAGGUCACUCAUUAUGUUAGGUCAAAUUUGUUGUUUCAAUAGCUAAAUUCUUUCAUAUGCCUGUUACUAACUUACACCUUUCUGGUAUCUCUUGAAUGGAAGAGUGCUAUAACUAGUUUGUAAUCUUCCUUCUUGUUCUGGCAAUGCAUCUUUGAGAGAAGAAAAAUUGACUACUUAUAAAUAGCUCUCAAAAAACCCCAAACAACCCCAAUACAAAAAAACCCCUCCUCUCUGAAGGCUAAGACUUCAGAGGGAGUUGAAGUGAAGGCCAGAGGUAUGACAAGACCAUAUGAGAUGUCGUCUUUGUAAUUAUCUUAAUUCCUUUCUAUUUAAAAUAAAUCAAGUUGUGCUAAAGGCUUUGUUAAACUUGCAACAUGUGUAGUCGUUCCCUUUACACUCCUGCACUGCCACCACUACUAACUAAGCUGCUUUUUGUUUUGGUAUAUCAUGGCCUUUGGCAUUAAAACUUGAUACCUAAGUGUAUUCAAACCUGCCCUCUAAUCUAUUCAACCAAUCUCUAGAAAGCAGUCUUAAAGUAUAGUUGUUCAUAGCUGGUUGAUACUGUCUUGCAUAAACCAGCAUAGCACUUUUAUCUGUGGGUUUCCUCAUCUCCAAUACAUUAUCCAGAGAAAUGCACGAUUCUGUUAGGUGCUCAACAGCUUGAACAUCAGAACUGCAGGUCCAAUAAAAUUCAACAUUACAUCUCUGUUAACGUAAUAGUAAUUGUCCCCCUCAAAUGAGUAGCACCUGGUCUGACUCCUUUUCUAUGUAAAGGAAAAACAGGCAAAGGUUAGAAAGCAGCAACAUGUACUGGAAGAAACAAGCAAUAGUUACUGAGUAGACCAGAGACAGGAUCAAAGGUAUGAGACUACUGAGAUCUGGGAAAUACAAAUCCAGCAACCGGUACAGUGGCAUAGUGGACAAGGGAGAAAUUGGACUAUCUUUGGUAAAGCUCACUAUUGCAUUACUACUAUAGGACAAGUAUUUCUGCAUUAGUUUCAGUUACAACCUAUCAGUGCAUAUAAAAUUAUUUGUACAACAGUUACUGAUGAUAUAGUAAGACUUAAACUCUGUUUCUUUCUUCUGCAGAAAUACAUCUGACAACUACAGAAGUAUCUACUAAGGAGUAAAAAGCUAGCCCGUCUCAUUACAAGUUAUAUGUGCCUGCAAAACCCAUCCGUGCCUAACAGCUGAAGCUAACUCUAGAGCAAGUUCCAAGGCAUGUUAUUUGCCAGAACCUCCCUAUACUCAACUUGCAGCGCAAGAAACAAGUACCAAGCCAUAGUUUGCAGCUGUACCUGUAACUACUCUAGUUUUAUUAUGGAACAAAGCAGUAGAUUCACUUUCUAGGAAGUCAAGAGGUAACAACCAAAGGUACACUAUCAGUUCAUCUGUACUGUAUUCCUUGAGUAUUGCUGGGCCUGCAGACUAAUUCAAAGCUUAUGUUUUGGCUCAUUUUUAUUUUUUUUUUUA